AUGAGGAACCCGGGCCUUAUCAAAACUUCGACGUUCUAUGCCCCUCCUUGUCCUUCAUUUUUUACUCACUCUUCAAACAAGUUCAACCAUCCAUUCUAUCACAUCGAAACCGCUCGCCAAGUUUACAGAAUACCCAGUGAGAGCACCCCCCUUGCUCCAUCCCGAUUCGUUGCGGUAGCCGGAACAAAGCGCUUCGCUUGCGCCAAUGAUGUGUUCCUCUUGCUUCAAUGGAGCAAACUGCAUUCUGGACAUGCAUUGUUUAUUUCUGCUCUAGGGGCUUAUCUUCGACUGCCGCUUGGUUUGCUGCAGAGUGCACCGAUAGUUUCUAUCGUGUGA